AUGGCAACAUCAUCGAUCCUAACCCAACCGACUUCUGGUAAGUAGUUUUCAAAUUAGUUUACAUUAUCUGUUAAUUGUUUCACCAUAGGAAGUACAUUUUAAAUGUGCCUGCAUGUUAUGGCCCUUUUAAGUACAUUCAUACGAGUCGAGGAAUUCUAAUAUGUAAACAUGGACAUUGCUAUCAGACCCAAAAAAUUUAAAUAAAUGUCCGUUGUUGAACCCCAAAACAUAUAACGCGUCGAUUAACAUCUGCGUGUUUAAUUUAACAUCUUCAUAGGCGUAUCAAAAUUGUGUACUAACUUAAAAUUUUAGUCAAACGUGAGAAAUAUGUAUUGAGUAUAUGUAUUGAGUCGAACGUCGAAAUUUCCAGCGAUGUCCCCAUAAUUUAUACAUUAAUAUUCCUCGCCCAGUUUGUAUGGUUUACUGCAUGGUUCAGGCCUUGAAUUAGAGAAAAAUAAAGGCAAGGCCAGUUUGUCCUUGAAUGUUACUAAGUUUUUCACGGCAUCAAGAUUCAAGGCCAGUUUGAAAAUUUUAUUUAGUUGCUAUUUUGAAGUUUCAAAUAACAGAUAUACAAAACAGCAACAAUAUUAAAAAAAUGCCAAACAAAACUAUGGAUAUUUUAAUACAUGAUUCUGGUUGACGAAAAGGACGAAAAGGUGCAUUUGAAUAUUAUUUUGAAAUUAUUGCCAAUUUUACAAAUCAUACGCCUAAGUACUGUAGUCUGGGGUUGAGGGCAGGCCACUGCUGGCCGUGGAUUUCAGUAUAUUUCGAGGGCAUAGCGGCCAACAAGCAGAAUAUCAUAUUAAUAGAAAAAAUUAACCCUAUCGCCCAGCGAUUCGUAAAAAGAACACUUUGCCCUGAGAAUCUAGCGAUCUUGUUGACCCUAACUAGGACCAUAACUCGAAUAGGGGUUAUAGGGUUAAUUUUUCUAUCAAUAUAAAGUUUUCGUGAACUGUUAUUAUUAUGUAGGUUUAUUGUCGCUUCUGUAUAUGUUAUCCCAUCAUUUGUCAUAUGGUUUUUCCCAUGCUGUUGAAAAAUGCUUAUUGGUGCUACGACUUAGUUUUCACCAUAGGCUUUUUCACAACAAUGGUAUUACCUGACAUCUUUAAAGUGUCACGCGGGCUGGAAUAUUUUGUGAGUUCACGGUCAAUACCGUUCUACUCCGUUCUAUUCUUUUGUCCAGCUAGUGAUCUUUUAAGAAUCCAAAAACACUAAACCUAACCCUAAUUUUAGUAUAGCUAGUUUUACAGAUCGCGAGCAUCUACUUAAAUUUCGGUUUUGUGCUCGAAAUUUGAGUACAUGCCUGCUGUUUGUUCGCUUCUGAAGUAUUCUACAGUAAAGUUAGCUUGGCACUUACCGGUGUCCGCAUGUUAGAAAAUGUGUGUUUCGCAUUGUAAUGGUGCUCGGUUUUUUUUAGGCGAACUUCCAGCAGCAAAAUCAUUGAUUGUCUUCAAAAGGAACGACCAGAGCUAUUACGUCUUCCAACAAAUUUUAGAAACUUGCUUUCCCAAAGUUCCUCAAUCGACUGUGAGGCUUUGGUUGCGAAACAUUGGAACAUCUGCCAUCAGAACAAAUUCAUUGGAACGUCAGCAUUUGAAUGCGCUUGGACUAAUGCCGUACAGAUUUCUGAUUUCAGCAGAUAAUUUGCUUCAACUCGUCGAACAUUCAAAAACCCGACGAAAGUAUAAUAAGAAACACCGCUCACAAUUAAGUUCCGUGUCUGCGUCAUCUAUUGUGAAUGUUUGCCUUCCGCCCAUUAAUUCCUGCACGAAUAUUGGAGAACCUCCUAAUACGUUCAACGCAACUCCGUCCAAUUUGAACGUUCCAGUUUCUAACAUAGUUUUACCGGAUGAUUUCCCGUACGAAAUUCUGCAUUCAAAUUCAGCUAAUUUCGGUACAAGUAUGUACGAUUCAAAUGCUUGCACUGACGAAUUUUCCAACAAUUUACAUGAUGCUAACGCACUAGUCAAUCCGUCGGAUCUGAUGAGCGAAGGACUUCUACAAUUAAAUUCAGCUAAUUCCAGAACAAUUGUGGACAUUACAAGUGCUUCCACUGACGAAUUUUCCAACAAUUUACAUGAUGCAAACGCAGAAAAUCUUUCUGAUGCGACGAGUCAAGAAAUUCUACAAUUAAAUUCAGCUAACUGCAGUACAAUUAUGGAAAUUGAAAGUGCUUCCACUGACGAAUCUUCCAACAAUUUACAUGAUGCAAACGCAGAAAAUCUUUCUGAUGCGACUUGA